AUGCAGGGCGGCGGUGCGCCCGCCGCGGACGCCGACCAGGCUCAGUUUGAGGCCGACAAGAGGGCCGUGUAUAAACAUCCACUAUUCCCCCUACUGGCACUCCUCCUGGAGAGAUGCGAGCAAGCGACAGCAGGGGCAGAGCCUCCUGCGGCCGAGGCCUUCGGCGCAGACCUACAGGCCUUCGUCCAGCAUCAGAGACGAGACCGAAGGCCCUUCCUCGUGGACGACCCCGAGAUAGACGGACUUAUGAUUAAAAGCAUUCAGGUGCUAAGGAUCCACCUUCUGGAGCUGGAGAAGGUGCAGGAGCUAUGUCGAGACUUCUGUGGGAGGUACAUAGCGUGCCUCAAGACUAAAAUGCAGAGCGAGAACCUGCUGCGGACUGAUUAUUCUUCUGGUGGUGUAGAAAGCAACAACAAUCUGUCGGGGUCUAUAGACGAACACUCCAGCACUUCCAACUCGCCACAAUAUCAGUCGCCCCCCGCCCCGCUGGUGUCGGCUCAGUUCCCGACUGUGUACCCGCCGCACACAGACCUGCCUUAUGCGCCGGCGCAGCGGGAUACACCGUCCCUUGUAGUCCAGGGUUCGACGCCGAUCAGUCAGAUAGGUGCGGGGCUGCUCUCAACUGACUCAUUUACUGGUACGAAUUCCAACAAUUCAUGUUCCUCUGUAUCCGGUUCCCCACCCCCCGAGGAGGAGUGUACGGACGAGGGGGGCAAGCGGGGGGUACUACCGCGACAUGCCACGCAGGUCAUGAGGGCCUGGCUGUUCCAACAUCUUGUUCACCCAUACCCGACAGAAGAAGAGAAGCGCACCCUGGCGGCACAGACGCGACUGACUCUGCUGCAGGUCAACAACUGGUUCAUUAACGCGCGCCGACGGAUCCUGCAGCCCAUGCUCGACUGUGCUGAUAAACCUGGUGGCAAGAAAGGUAAAAAUGGCUCCUCAAUCAGCAAGAGGUACUGGCCUGAUGCACUCUCCAACCCACAGUUCACAGCCGGUCUCCUCUCAUCAUCAGAAGACGAGGAUCAGGAAGGCGACCCAUCAGGUGACGAGCAGGACUCGACGAGCGAUCAGCCAGAGCAUACCACGUACCCUAUUCAGCAACCAAUGCAUUAA